AUGGCUGGCAGCUUUAACUACCAUGCAUUUUUAAUCACAGAAAGGUUCGGUACUCGAAUUUCCGGGAGCCGACCACCAGCACCCACUCGAAGCAAUCAGAAUAACACCUGGAGUAGACCCAAAACAUUCCCCACACGCAUCCAGACCCAUCGUCACAGGCACCAGGGGCUUAGUCUAAGCUGUGACCAGCACGGCACAAACGAUAAGCCGCUCUGGCACAGUGCUCCUGCCUUCCUGUUACCGUCUACUAUGUUCCUCGUGCACCUUCCACUCGGCACAAACAGGCUACACUGCCUCCGAAACACAUCACUUGAAUCCUGCCUCUGCUCCUUUGUCCAUCUGAAUCACCCUCUCCACAUUUCCGACCCUGUAAUCCUGAUCUCACUUCAUGAGGCAGUUCGCUUCCCUUUUGCAUUUAGCUUUCCCCGGGGUACACUGUCAAUAGCCUACUGUGGGAUGUCAUCAGUCAGCACUUCAUCAGAGGCAAUUAUGUCUACAGAGCUUUUGGCUAAUUACUGUCACUCCUCCUUACAUGUGUGCAUAUGCAUAUCAUCUUUCCCUAAUGAGACUGGAAAUAAUUAUUCAUUCCCUGGAGCAGUGGUUUCCAUAAAUGACCAACCCACAGACCAGUGCAAACUGGCUGCGAAAGAGCUUCCUCUGAGGAACUUAUUAGAAUGCAGAUGCUUGGACUGCAUGAGAGAGGAGGAUCUCAUAAAUCUGGGUGUAAUAGGCACAGAACAUUAG